AUGCUUUUUGCACGCUUCAAGUCCAGAUCAGCUCAACCACCUCUCUAUAAGCCGGCUAAACCUGCGGCCAAACCUUCAUCGCCGGAUAACUCGACAAUACGGAGAAGGGGUAGUCCUAAGGUGGACUCAGCAAAGAAAGCGUCGCUCUUGCUGAACACAUUGCGCAAGUCAAGUCAGCUACCGGCAGGCACACCUGUGGUAAAGCCCGCCAUGGAGACAACGUCCGCGCCUCCCGUCUCGACCAACCCGUCUAGCCCCAGAGACUUCAUGAAAGUGACACUCACGAUCGACGCGAAAGAAGAGGCAAUCCAACGGCGCAUCGCCUUCAUGAGAAGAAAGCUUCUGUGGCCUGGCAUAUGGACCCUGUUCGCACUAGUUGGCACUUAUGGUACACUCGCAUACCUGGACGUUAAAGCUGGAGUACCAAGCUCCGAUGGCAGUCAUCUUCCUGAACGUGCGCAGCUACCUCAAACCUGGUACCUGACCCCUACUGUCAUCCGCGAUGGCAUUAAGGCAGGCUGGGACGAGCUCGACAACCUCACCAUCGGCAUCGUUGUUGCAACAUUUGCCAUCCAUCUUCUCAAAAGGUCUCCGCUCCCUAUCUGGGAGAGACUUAUUCAUGUCACUGGCGAGGCGAAAUGGACGGCCUUCACAUACCCCCUCGUUAAUUCUAGUUGGGCGCAUGCUGCGACAAAUAUGGCAGCGCUUGCCUGGUUCCUUCCGGGUGUCGUCCAUUAUUUUGACGGCGAUCUCUUUCACACAUCAGCGUUCCUGAUCAGCGUACCGCUCAUCACAAGCUACUUUGCGCACUUUGCGUACCGCUUCAACCUGGCAAGUGGAUUGGUGCUGAAUCUCGGUGCCAGUGGUGCUAUUGCUGCGGCACUUGGUAUUUACUGUGUGGCGUAUGCGAACGAGAAGGUAUGGGUACCUCAAGGCUUGGUGUUGAGACUGGAUGCGAUGUAUUGGGGACUGCUCUUCGCCGCCUCGCAGGCGUACAGUAUGGUUCAAACUCCAAAGGGUGGUAACAGGCCCGCGUACUUGGUUCAUCUGACCAGUUUGGGGCUUGGCGCAGCGUACGCGUAUUUCGAUCUGAAACACCACCUUUGGAUACCAUUGGUUUCGGAGAUCUCAAGUACUCAAAAGUCUGAGAUUCAGGCGGAGGAGUAAUACAGCCGCCUUACGGUGCAAGUGUAAGAAUAUGUAUGAGUAUCAAGAGCCGGCGCAAGGCGAUCGUUGGACACAGCCACAAUGUCACAACUAUAACAUGCGGACGUUACCGCAACCCCAUCUUCCCCGCUUCCCUACUCUAUUGUAUUUCCCGAUCAGUCUUCCACAAUCUGGACCUCACUUCAAGUUCUUUAUCGGCUCUCGGCACACUUGACUUGAGGGUUUUAAGGGCAGCAGCUCGUAAUGGCACAAGCGCACGCGGGAGACGAGGCUAUUUCCAGGGUCCUUUCGAUUCACCUUUCAACGAUUGGCCGUUUAAGUGAAGACAACACACGAGAGCCGCUUGACGAAGGGGUCCAGAUCAUGUCUUCAGGGGUUAC